AGAAAGAUGUCAGAAUUUUCAGAGCCUGACGAAUCCGGCUAGUUUAAGCCAUAUUGUAGCCACGCCUUGUGGGCCAGCCUGCCCGUGCCGAGGAUGAAGUUUGGCAAGACCUUCGAGUCCCACCUGACGAUCGAGUGGCGCCAGCAGUAUAUGCGAUAUGGGGAUCUCAAGGAGCUGAUCAAGCAAGGCGUGGAGAACGCACCCUCGCCGCUUACUUCCUCGGACUACGAGGUUCAGGCCUACUACAGGGCGUUUGAGGAGACCUUCCUCACCGAAUGCCAAUCGGAACUGACCGGGGUGAACAACUUCUUUCUUGAAAAACUCCUGGAAGCCCGACGCAAGCAUGGCCACCUGAAGCUCCACCUUUUGGCCUAUUCCCGGGAACCCGGACACACAGGCAGUGACUCCUCGCUUUCACAGCGGACCGAAAGGAGCCCAAAAAAGUUAAUGACCACUCGCCAGCUGAGAUAUGCCUAUGCUGAGUUUUAUCUGAGCUUGGUGCUCAUCCAAAACUAUCAGUCGCUGAACGAGACGGGUUUCCGGAAGAUCUGCAAGAAGUACGACAAGAAUUUGCGAUCCGGAGCGGCGGGCAGGUGGUUCGUGGAGAACAUACUGGAUGCCCCCUUUACGGAUGGACGUCUGUUGCACCGCAUGACCAUCGAGGUGGAGGAUCUGUACACGGCCCAUCUGGCGAAUGGGGAUCGCUCGCUGGCUAUGGAAAAGCUAAGAGUUCCGCCAUUGGGCCGGCCCACUCCUCCAUCGAUGGUCUUUCGUGCGGGAAUCGCUCUCGGCAUGCUAAUCAUGCUGCUCGUGGCCACCGCCAUCAGCUACUGGAAACGAGCCCCAUUGGAGGAUCAUACCCCGGGUCUGAUGAGCCUGUUCCGCGGUCCAUUCACCUGGGUGAUCUUCAACUUCUACAUGGCCGCCAAUGUUGCCGGAUGGCAGCAGGCCGGAGUCAACCACGUCCUGAUCUUUGAGAUAGACCCCAGAAGUCACCUGCAGCCGGCCACAUUUCUGGAAAUUGCCUGCACCUUCGGCAUUCUUUGGGCCCUGGCCAUGUUGGGGUUCCUGUACAACGACUUGAUAGGUGUGUCGGAUCCCUUCGUCUUUCCACUGGGGCUCAUCCUGAUCAUGGUGGGCCUGCUGGUGGUGCCGCUGCCCAUAAUGAACUGGCCGGCCAGGUGGUGGACCAUCAAGCUGGUGGGUCGCGUGAUCUCCGCGCCACUGCACUACGUGGGAUUUGCCGACUUCUGGAUGGGCGAUCAGCUGAAUUCGCUGGUGUCCUGCAUUGUAGAUCACUAUUAUACAGUAAGGUUCUAUGCGGUUAGUUGGCUGCGCUAUGAUCGGGUGAACAGCUGCUUUGAACCGGACGUGAUGGUCCCGAUUACCAUGUGCCUGCCCGCCUGGUUUCGAUUUGCUCAGUGCCUGCGAAGAUUCAGGGACAGUGGCUCCAAGUCGGUGAGCUACUUGAUCAAUGCGGGGAAGUACUCAACCACUUUUCUGAUGGUCCUCUUCUCGACGCUGCGCAGGAAUACGGAGGGUGAAUAUGCCAAUACGUUCAGCAAUCCCUACACCUGGCUAUUCCUCGCGAGCUGCGUGGUGGCCACCGUCUACUGCUAUUUGUGGGAUGUUAUUCGCGACUUUGGGCUCUUCAGGAUUAUGCGCGGUGAGCGUAUAUUCCUUAGAAAGCAACUCGUCUAUCCGCAGGCCUUCUACUACUUUGUGAUCGUAGAGAAUCUGGUGCUGCGGCUCUUCUGGGCCGUCGAAUUCUCCAUUCUGUACCACAACCUGAUGACUCCCCAUAAUAUGAGGACCAUCUGCAGUAUCCUGGAGAUCACUAGACGCUUCAUUUGGAACUACGUGCGCCUGGAGAACGAGCACUUGUUCAACUGCGGAAACUUCCGCGCCACAAGGGACAUCCACUUGGCAGCCCUGAAUCCUCGCCAGGAGCGAAUGCUGGAGAGCAUGAUGGACGAGUCGGAUGGCGUGUCGAAUCGCCGCAAAUCGAAUGAGCGCAUUCGCCUGAAGAAGGAGUACUUCUAAAGCCAGCUGCUGAUCUUUAUUUCCCCUUUCCCCUCCUCUUCUCCCGCCAAUCCGCUCUUUUAAUGGCCCGUCGUCGUCUUUAAUUAAUUCAUUUGUGCAAAAUACAAGUCAGAUGGAAAGCCUGUGGGACAGGGCGACUGGAGAAAGGGAGCACGAGGUGCACGAGGAGCACGAGGAGCACGCGCCAAACCGGUUGACCAGCUGCACCCAAAAGUGGCAGCUCCCCCGGACUCCCUUCUCCAUAUGUGCAUAUGCAUACAUACAUAUAUAUGUGGAUAUAUAUCGCCUGGUCGGGUAACAAUCGUCAUUGCUGGAAAGGAGGAGCGGAGGUGCCAGGAGCAAGGAGGGGAUCCUCGUGGCGAGCUCCCGAUCAUGGAUCACGGAUCACCAUCGGCCAUCGGCCAUUGGCCAUCCAGCAAGCUGUUCGACAAUCUCUUAAUUGACUCGCAUCGAGCUUUGAUUGGCCCCAUAAUUAGCCGAGAGAAGGAGAGGAGAAGGAACCCUGGGAUGAUCACCGAUCACCCAUUCUAAUCCGGAGAAAGGCAUUGCAAUGGAAGGAAUGUUUCGGUUGCAUCAUUUCUACAUCGGACUGGUUGAAAAUCAUUUUGUCAAACUAUAUUUUGUAGAAUUUAAAUGGAAAUUUGUUGAAACAUUA